AUGGAAGGAAGGGAACGGCUUAAACUUCAGCUGUGCAGUAGCGACGAAGGCCUGCCGUACCCACGUCCUCCGACACCCCACGGAGGAGACCUGUCGCCCAGGAAGAGACGUGGGAACCUGCCUAAGGAGUCUGUCAAGAUCCUUCGGAUGUGGCUGUACGAGCACAGAUACAAUGCAUAUCCGUCGGAUCAGGAAAAGCUUCACCUCUCCAAGGAGGCCAACCUCUCCGUCCUCCAGGUCUGCAACUGGUUCAUCAACGCCCGCCGUCGCAUCCUACCCGACAUCAUCCGGAAGGAAGGUCACGACCCACUCCAGUACACAAUCACCCGCAAGUCAAGCUCAUCGAGCCCAAACUCUUCGUCCACACUACCUCCGCAACCUCCUCACCACCAUCGCGGCAGCCCACCUUCCCCAUCUUCUUCACCGACCACCUCAUCGACCACCCCUGCCCGGCCGUCUGGUGACGACUCUGACGACAUCGAAGAGAGCGACGACUCCGACUCCUCCAGACGGAGUCCCAUCAAGCUGAGGAAACGCUGGCAGAGGAACCACGAGAGGGAGUUGCAGGACGCGCCGUCAGAUGACGACGACGACCUCGACGACGAGGACGACGACGACGACUGCAAGCCCUGCUGGUUCAGUGAUCAGCGAGGUGACGUCGACCGCCAACCCUGGGAUCUUCCGGAGAGUGAUCCUUUCAGUCGUCUCUACCUUCUAGUAGACGUGGCGCUCAAUGAACUGGAAAAGAAAAAGGCAGCGACAAGCUGA